UGUGGUAUGGACCGAAUCCAAACAAACGAAACGUCAUUAAUAUUUGAAGUUUUUUUUAAAUAGUCAUUAUUUAAAUUUUCUCAUAACGUGUAGUUCAAAAGUAACACACUAACCAAUUAUGUUCCAAAUAUGUGGAAUGGUAUAGCUGAUUUACUUACAUUUGUAAAGUCCUAUGUAGUUAACUACAUAGACAUCGAUUGUUCACUAUGGCUUACUUGGUGCCUGACACCGUUGCUGGUAACUUUCUUGCUACCAGCAGUCAUUGCGUUACUUUUGUACCUAAGUGCGUUAAUAUUGUACAUAUACAAACUCCAUCGGAAUCAUAUAAGAAAUGCUUUGCAGACUGGUGACCGUUGGGUCGCUGCCAGAAAGUUAAUAGCCAUCGUUUGGGACGCUCAUGGUUGGAUAUGGCAUGGUUACGAGGUGGAAGGUUUAGAAAAUUUGCCCAAAGAUGGACCCGCUUUAGUAAUAUAUUAUCAUGGUGCUAUACCUGUAGAUAUUUAUUAUUUUUUGGCGAAAAUUUACCUUAUGAGGAAUAGACUCGUUCACACAGUAGCUGACCAUUUCUUAUUUAAAGUCCCAGGAUUUAGUGAGGUCCUCGAUUGUCUGAGGGUGAUACCAGGUACCGUGCAAUCUUGCUCCACGAUUUUAAAAGACGGUAACUACCUAGCCAUCUCACCCGGUGGAGUAUAUGAGGCACAGUUCAGUAGAAAUUAUAACCUGAUGUGGAAAAAACGAUUGGGCUUUGCCAAAGUAGCAAUCGAUUCAAAGGCACCAGUGAUACCCAUGUUUACAGAAAACAUAAGGGAGGCCUUUCGGACGGUCAGCAUAGGCCGCCGGUGGUUCUUAAAGUUGUACGCCUAUACGAAACUGCCUCUGGCGCCAAUUUACGGUGGAUUCCCUGUCAAGUUGGUGACCCAUAUAGGAAAGCCGAUUUAUUUGGACCCCAAUGUAACGGCCGAAGGGUUACAACUGAAGGUGGCCUCCGCUAUCGAAGAUCUCAUACACAAGCGCCAACGAAUCCCCGGAAGCAUUUUAUUGAGCCUAGUUGAACGAGUACCGUAUCUGCGAGGGAGACUUCGAUCACAAUCGAUCGUUCACGAAGAUUGAGGGCAUUUCGUGUUGGUAUCAUUCCAUUUCCGAAAGUCCUUUGAAGAAAUGCGUAGCAAAAAUGGUUUUCUACAACUUUCCAGUGAUAUUUUAUUUUCGUGGUCUCGAGAUAGAUGGCGUCAUUAUCAAUGUUAAAGGAAAUAUAUUUUAUAAGAU